AUACAAAUACACGAGAGAGAGAGACACAGAGGGAAGGAAUACCCGCCUGGUGUAGGUCGGCUCCCUCUUGCGAUUACGUGGCUGUGGUUCCGCGGCGUCGCCUUCACUUCUCCUUUCCCCGUAGUUACCCUUCUCCUCCUCCUCAAGCCUCUGCUCGCCCUCAUUCAUCCCCCCUACCAAAGCCUUGAAAGAAACACCUUCUUCUCUGUGCUCUUCAAGCGACGAACAUGUAUCGUUGUUGUCUGUGCAUGGCCUACUCGCCCUCCUCCGUUCCGGAUCCUGACCGCUCGCUCCCUGGUGGUGCCGCGCUCUGAGCUCGCCAUGGGAGCGGAUGAGGUUGACGGGAAUAGAUUUUGGUGGAAGAUAUACUAAAGGGCCUUCGUAUUAGCUUGUAAUUUUGGGCGUUCUUAACAUAUGAUAGCCCACUACUCUGCUCGAGCUUACGGCUUUUGUUAGGCUUUUUUCCCUUGUAUUUUUAGGUACAUGUUGGGGGAAAAGCUGCUCGUUCUGGUUCAUACUCGAAGGUUGAGUUCGACAAAGUUUCAGUAAUCAAGGACAUAUUGAACUGAAGUUACAGCUAACGUCAGAAUAUUGGUCAUUGUUUUUUCAACUACGGGCUUAUUUUCUGUGUACUUGAGAUAAAACAUGGCAGAGGAUGCUGUACGAAGUUAUGGAAACAAUGAAGAUUUAAAUGUUGAAUUGAGUCACACAAAUGGGAGUGUAACUCACUUUCAGUACCAUUCACAAUGGAUGGCACAUUGGAAACGGGCAAGCAGCAUUUCAGCUCAUCAGUGCCAUAAGCACUGUACUCUUUCUGAUGCAAUCAACAGAAAAAAUUGCGUAAAACAAGAGGGCUAUUCGCAAGUCGAAAAUACAAAAUCUGGGAAGGUUCAACUGGUAAGCAUAGGUACGAGGGAAGGAACAACCCCCGAAUCCAGGAAUGUGUGCAGUUCUGAGCUUAAUGAAUUAGGCCUAACAUUGCAUGUUCACCGGUCAGCUGAAUUUGUGGGAGCUGAAAAGGGAAGAUGUGAGAUGGACAAUACUCUGGUGCCCAAAGAUGUACAUACAUACGAUGGAGUUGUAGUAUCAGAUAAAUUGCAUCUUCAUAAUUUUUCAGACUCCUCUAUAAACUGGGAAAACUACAACACAUGCCAUUCUCUGAAUUCAGAUGAAAUUCACUUUCCUAAGUAUGACGUAAGUUGGAAGAUUGAUACUAUUUUAAAUCCUAAAAGAGGACCUGGACAUGGUCAAGUGGCCAAUAGAUUUGUUAAGUUACAUCUUCCAUUAAAAGGAACUAUGUUAGGCUCCCAUGUAACAGAAUCUAAAGCAAAAGAGAUUAGUACAAGUAGUGAUCAAGAGAUUGAACCCUGUGAUACUGUUAACGGCUUACAAAAUUUUCAAGAUGGUAUUAGUGCAUCAACUUCUCUGCCAGCGAUGGUCAGAUCUAAAGCUGAGAGGCCAAAUAUGAAGUCUCCUGUGUGCAUUAAAGAUAGAAGAACGUCUUCAGAAUCGGAUCACACACUUGAUGAACAUCGGGUGCUAAGAGAUUUGUGGCCAGGCAAAUCUCCUCUUUCAUAUCUAAUUAGGGAAAACGAUACUGAGGAUGUUCUUCAUCAGCCAUUAAACUAUAUGUCCAACUGCUUCAUUCAUAAUGUUGCAAGUUUGGAUAUACAUAACUAUCUUCAUCCUGUGAAUAAUAUAGAUGGAGAUGCACAGAACCCUUUUAAUGCUAUUCAUUAUCAGUUGACAACAAAGAAUAUGCCAAUGGAGUUGUCGCGAGAAAAACAAUUGAUAGAAGAUUCGACAGAAACUGCAAAAGCAAAAGUUACUCCCUUGUUUGAAAUGUUAACAGUACCAGCAACAGCAAGGAACCAAGGAAUGUGGCAAGGAGAUUCACUGCCUUUAAUUAACUCAAAUAGCAUGGAAAAUGGGGUUGAUGUAAAUGGAAUUGAGAUACAUAUGAUGGGAAAGAGGGAAAGACCAUCAGCUAAAACUGAUGCAAUUCACAUUGAGGCUUGCCUGGAAAAACACUCUCCGAAAGGCACGAUUUCUGACAGUCUACAAAAGGACCUUCCACACACGAACCUAAUAAAAUCCCACUCUCCAUCACCUUCAGCGAUCCAGGAAACUUUGAGCAGAUAUGUUAAUUCCUCAGACAAAACUGGUAGCGUAAGUACUGGAGGACUGAGCACAUCUAGAACUGAAAGCAUGAAUGUAGAUCAAGUUUUUUCUCAUGUUCAGAGGUCCAAGAUUUCAAAUACUAGUAGUAUAAUUGAAAACUUGGCACAAAAGGAGCAAUGUAAAAGAUGGCUCAAACGCCUCAGACACAAAUCUUCAGAUGCUUUUGGCCUUGGUUCUAAGAGAACAAAAAUUGGAGAUCACCCCACUAAUGCAGAAGUAUGUAGCUUUUCAAGUAAAGCACACAAUUAUGACACAUCCAGCUCGGCGAUGACAAAAUGUCCCAAGGAACAGCAGAUACCCGAUACGACCAAAGACAUACCAAGUACUUCUGAGUGCUCCUAUGGAGUAUCAGCAAGAGAUGUGCAAUACUGGAUUAAAAGAUGGUGUUAUAAGACCCCUCAAACGGUUAAAGCUCAUGUGAGUAUAGUUACACCUGGGCUAUGGGAGCCUGAAAAUCGAAAAGUGCUUCCUGAUAAUAUUGAGGGGAAACAGUUCCCAAGCAUCAGGGCGAUAGCUUUGAUGGGGAGAGCAAUGAACAAAUUCCAAACAGGUCAGUUUCAGAGAAAGGGAUCAUCAGUGGUGUGGAAUAUAGAGGACUUUUGAAAGCUACAGGGCUUUGGUUUCCGGUCCUCAUGCAGCUUGCAGAUUUCCAUGGCGAGAAAGGUGCAAUCGAAAGACACCAUCCAAAAUAUUGUGUUUCAGAUGUGAAAAGUUAUCCAAAUUCGAGGUUGCAUACAUUACAAUCAGUAAAUUCUAUAGUCAUGUUUCCUUAAUGUUGAUCUUUUGUUUUUCUGGGAUCGGCUUUUAAGGAAGUAAUCUGAACUCUAUAUCUACUUAAUAUGUUCUGAAAGAUGUUUUUCUUAUCCUCA